AGUGGAUACAAAACGACAAAACAACUUGUGCAUUUGAUAAUAGUUUAAAAGCCAUUAGAAUAGAUAAUUUGUUCUACUGUUAAACAAUGCUCGCAUGAUAAAUCAUGGUUUAUUUUUACGCUCAACCAGUCGACAAUCAAGUGAUUCCGGAAUAUGAAGAAUCUUGUGCUGAAUUUUCGCAUUUAUGACACAGUAUGCGUUUGACAAGUUGUCUAACAUGGCGGUACACUCAUCGUGAAUGCAACAAUACCUUUUUGCAAGGUCUAGUACCUAUAUUUUUUCAACGCGGCGGGCAGCUGAUAAGCUGCAAUAAUGGAAGUUGGCGCGAGCACGGGGACUCGCGGGACGACGAGGUUCAUGAUGGAAGGUGUGGGAGCCAGGGUGAUACGUGGACCCGAGUGGAAAUGGGGCAAGCAGGACGGAGGAGAAGGGCAUGUAGGUACAGUUAGGAACUUUGAAUCACCGGAGGAAGUAGUUGUUGUCUGGGACAAUGGUACAGCAGCCAAUUACCGCUGUUCAGGAGCCUUUGACUUGCGAAUUUUGGACUCGGCUCCUACAGGUGUUAAACAUGAUGGGACGAUGUGUGAUACUUGCCGACAGCAGCCCAUUUUUGGUAUCAGAUGGAAAUGCGCCGAAUGUAAUAAUUAUGAUUUGUGUUCAAUUUGCUAUCACGGAGAUAAGCACCAUUUGCGUCACAGGUUCUACAGAAUUGCAACACCAGGAAGUGAAAGAGUUCUUCUUGAACCAAGGAGAAAAAGCAAAAAGAUUGCUAUUCGUGGAAUCUUUCCUGGAGCCAGAGUAGUCAGAGGUGUUGACUGGCAGUGGGAGGAUCAGGAUGGUGGUAAUGGUCGUAGGGGAAAAGUUAAUGAAAUUCAAGAUUGGUCCGCUGCUAGUCCUCGUUCAGCUGCCUAUGUUAUAUGGGAUAAUAGUGCCAAAAACUUGUAUCGUGUUGGUUUUGAGGGAAUGGCUGAUUUAAAAGUUGUAAAUGAUGCCAAAGGUCAGACAGUUUAUAGAGAUCAUUUGCCUCUUCUUGGAGAACAAGGUCCUGGACGUGCUGGUCCCCAUGGUCUUGCAAUUGGUGAUCAGGUAAAUGUGGACUUGGAAUAUGAAAUAGUUGACUCCCUUCAACAAGGACAUGGAGGAUGGACCGAUGGAAUGUUUGAAUGCCUCAGUGCCACUGGUACAGUAGUAGGGAUCGACGAAGAUCAUGACAUAGUAGUUUCUUAUCCAAGUGGAAAUCGUUGGACGUUCAAUCCUGCCGUUUUAACUAAAGUUCAAGUCUCUAUGCCAGUAGUGAAUUCAAUUUCUGACAACCAAUCGUUUGCUGUUGGUGAUUUAGUUCAAAUCUGUAAUGAUUUAGACAAAAUCAAACUUUUACAACGAGGUCACGGUGAAUGGGCAGAAGCAAUGACGCCGACUCUGGGAAAAAUCGGAAGAGUUCAACAAAUCUAUCAUGACGGUGAUUUAAAAGUAGAAGUUUGCAGUACAUCCUGGACUUACAAUCCACAGGCUGUAACAAAAGUAGCAAGCAGUGAUGGUACAGUGCCAGGAAACAGCAGUGGUGAACGACUCUCAGCAUUGUUGAAGAAGCUGUUUGAAACACACGUAUCAGGCGACGUUAAUGAAGAAUUGGUAAAAACUGCUGCCAACGGUGACGCCGCAAAGUGUGAGGAAUGUUUAAAACGCCCAGAAGCCGAUGUGAACGGUAUUUUUGCUGGACAUACUGCAUUACAAGCAGCAAGCCAAAAUGGACACUUAGACGUCAUCAAGAUCCUUCUACGAUACAAAGCCGACGUUGAGAUCGAGGAUAAAGACGGUGACAGAGCAGUUCAUCACGCUGCUUUUGGCGAUGAGCCUGCCGUAAUGGCCCUACUUGCCGGAGCUGGAGCAGACCUAAAUGCUCGUAAUAAAAGACGCCAGACAGCAUUGCACAUUGCCGUCAACAAGGGCCAUGCCGGGGUCGUUCGCACACUUUUGGAAUUAGGUUGCCAUCCUAGCCUUCAGGACUCGGAAGGAGACACGCCACUUCACGAUGCUAUUUCCAAGAAACGCGAUGACAUGUUGGCUCUGUUGUUAGACCAUGCAGCUGACAUCACCCUCACCAACAACAAUGGCUUCAACGCUCUGCACCACGCCGCGCUUCGAGGAAAUCCAAGCGCUAUGCGAGUCUUGCUGUCGAAGCUGCCGCGUCCUUGGAUCGUCGACGAGAAGAAGGACGACGGAUACACUGCGUUGCACCUGGCCGCCCUCAACAACCACGUGGAGGUGGCCGAACAACUGGCUCGAGCUGGCAAAGCCGAUCUCGACCUGCAGAACGUCAAUCUGCAGACUGCACUGCAUCUUGCCGUUGAACGGCAACACACGCAGAUCGUCAGGCUGCUGGUCCGGGAGGGCGCGAACCUGAACGUCGCCGACAAGGACGGCGACACUCCGCUGCACGAGGCCCUGCGUCAUCACACCCUGUCCCAGUUGCGUCAACUGCAGGACGUCCAGGACGUAGGCAGAUUACUCAUGGGUCUGGGGGCCCAGGGUCAGGACAAGAAGAGCAGCUCGUUCAUCGCCUGCUUCCUCGCGGCUCACGGCGCCGACCUCGAGCUCAAGAACAAGAAGGGACAGACGCCGCUCGAUCUGUGUCCUGAUCCCAACCUCUGCAAGACCCUCACUACGUGCCACAAGAAUAAGGACCACAACAUCGAGAGCUCAGCCCCGACGACGGGCAUCGACGAGUGCCUCGUGUGCUCGGAUGCGAAACGCGAGGUCCUCUUCGGACCCUGCGGUCACGUCACCUGCUGCAACGCCUGCGCUCCUCGCGUUAAGAAGUGCCUCAUCUGCAGGGAGAGCGUCGUCAACCGCACCAAGAUCGAGGAGUGCGUGGUGUGCUCGGACCGCAAGGCCUCGGUGCUGUUCCGUCCCUGCGGCCACAUGUGCGCCUGCGAUAGCUGCGCCUCCCUCAUGAAGAAGUGCGUCCAAUGCCGAGCCCAAAUCCUACACAUGCUGCCCCUGACGAUGUGCUGCGGCGGCGCCGGAGACGUUACCUACGUCAAGGGAUGCAACGCCACCGCAGCAGCAGCUUUAGCCGAGCUCAAAGGUAGCCAGGACCCAGAGGACGAGAAAUUGACCGCUAACAACACGACGCCCGCCCAGUUGCUAUCCCCUCGCGAGGUCCAGUCCAACCAGCAGCAGGCAAGCUCGACCUCGGCGACGAGCAACAACCCCAGCCAACAGCCGCAGCCGCAGCAGCAGCCGGCGCAACAGCAGCCCGAGGGCACGCUCAUGAACAACGGCAGCCGCGACACCUCCCACAGCGACAUCCAGAAACUGCAGCAGCAAUUGCAAGACAUCAAAGAGCAAACAAUGUGUCCGGUAUGCCUGGAUCGCCUGAAAAACAUGAUCUUCCUCUGUGGCCACGGAACGUGCCAAAUGUGCGGCGACCGAAUGUCCGAGUGCCCGAUAUGCCGCAAAGCCGUAGACAAACGCAUUCUACUCUACUGAACCAAGACUGCUGAGAUUACGCAUGGCCCCUCGGCGCUUUCCGCAACGAGAGUUCUGCCCGCCGCGGGAAUGCUGCCUCCUUCACUGCGCGUAUAUAAGUGUGCGUCUGCACGGGAAAACCCAAUGUAAUGCUAAGCACGACAGAGAAACAAAAGAGAGAGCUUCUGAGACUGUAUCCGCUGUAGAAGUCUGCGAGAUAUUAAGCGAGAAGAUGUUAAGCCAAAAUGUUGUUGUUGCAAUGUAAGCGAUUGACGAACGAUUUCUUCCUUUUAUCAGACUUGUUGAUUCGAGCUUUUUUUUGUUAUAAGGUAUUGUUUGUUCGAAGACUUUUAUUUUUAGACUUUGCCGUUUUCUAUUGCCUUUUUUUUUACCGAAUUUACAAAAGAAAAAGGAAAACAUUUGGGUAUACGAGUGUUGUUGAACACUGUUGUUUCGUUGUAAAUGUGAACGAAGAAAAAAAAAUCGUUGCAAAGUACAAAUUAUCAAUUGUUUUUGCCGUUGAGUUGAUAAUUUUUUGUAUCUGCAAGCAAACUUUGAUAUGCAUGAAUCAUGUAUAGUGUAUACAUUUCAUAGGUGAUUAAGCCUUUACAUUUAUAACAUAAUAAAUAGGGCCUGAUAUUUAUUCAGAUCGAUUACAAAAGUAAUUUUUGUAAUGCACAAUGAUAAGACAAAUAUGUAUUGAAUACGUGGAAAUUAUUUUUUUCUCCCAUUUAAUAAUGAAAAAUAUUCAUUUCCUUCAAUAAAAAAUAUCUAUAUAAGUAGAUAGGAUUUAAGGAUCAUUAAUAGUCAUAAUAAACCAAGGAGAAAUGGUUAACUCUUUGAUUUUCAGAAAAAUGUUCAUUAACUCAAGUGGGCAUUUUUUGUCCUUCAUUACAUAAUAAUUAAUAAAUGUAAUAAAUAUAUGGCUGUGAAAAAAAUUCAGUUACUUUGUAUCAAUGAUCAAAACACACAAUUUCUGUACGCCAUAUUUUUCAUAAAUUUAACAUCAUAAUAUUGCAUGACAGUUUUUGAAUAUCAAAGAGUUAGGGUAUUGUCAAAAAGAUGCGGGUUGAGAAAAGUGACGUCUUGAAAAUAUAUAAAGAAUCCUGUAUGAAUUGUUUUUAAGCGCUAUUUUAGCAAUUAAUAUUUCUAACAAAAUAUUUACUAUCAUGAAAGUAUAUUUCAAAUAGCGAUAUUUGAAAUAAACAAUUAAGUGGCUCUAACUGUAACUAAAGCUUGAAUUGCAGUAUAUUCAAUCGAAUUUGCAAAUUGUAAAUAAUUUUAUGUACUGUUCGGAGUACUUAAGCAAUCGAGAUUCAUUUAUUGAAUGCACAUGUAUGCAGAAAAAUAUGUAUUACAUGUAUUGUAUAAAACGAAAUUUUUUUCAGAAAUUAAUUAAUCAAUGCAAAAAGUGAUAAUUUUGUGAACAAGACAUUCAAUUCAAAAUAUUUUGGAUUACGGAAAUUUUAUUUGAUACAUUAACCAUGAUUGUGAUGGAUAAGCUCGUGCAAAAAACGUGUUUUCCUUUCAACUUUCACGAUCAACAAGUUAUAUUUUGUGUUAGCAUAAUAUUUCAAAAUAAUUAUACUAAAGUGGAAGGUUCAAGGUAUUCAAUAAAGUUAUAAAUUAUGUUAAAAA